UUCAAAAGUCGUAUAACUACUCCUCUUUCUCUCUCUCUCUGAUAACCAAACUUGACCAUGAAGAAGCUCUACGGGAGAGGCACGGUUCAUCCAUCACCUCCGAUCACAACAGAUCAUCUGUCCUGCCUUCCGUUCACCAUCUUAACCCUUGCGGCUGCUCUUUCCCCAGAAGACAGGGAAGUCUUGGCCUAUCUCAUCUCUUGUUCUAACAACGAUCUCGACAACUUUUCAACCCACGGCAAAAACACCCAGAAAUAUCAGACUAAAAGAAGCAGCAGCGGAAGCGCCAGCGAUCGUGAUCAUCCACCUCUUUUUACAUGUGAUUGUUUCAGGUGCUACAUGAGUUACUGGGUCAGGUGGGACUCGUCGCCGAACCGGCAGCUUAUACACGAGAUAAUUGAUGCUUUUGAAGAUGGGUUAUCUCAAAGCAAGAAGACAAAGAGCAAGAAAGACAGGAAAAAGGAAAACGGCGGUGAUGGGUCUGGUGGCUUGGAACGAGUCGAUUUGAGCUUAAGAAAGGAUGAGUCGAGUGAGUUGAAAUCGGUGGAAGCGAGUAGCAGUAGUUGUGGUGGUGAAGUUUGUGGGGAUGAUGGUGAAGAAGAAGGAACAGAGAAGAGUACAGUUAGGAGGUUCGUGAACUUCAUCGGAGAGAGGAUUUGGAAUGUUUGGGGGCAGUGAAUUUAGGCAAGAAUCCAAGAAAAGAGGUGGGUUGAACUCCAUCCGAUUUUUCUCUGUGUAAGAGAAAGAAGAAUGAAAUUUCUUAUCUUUUUUUGUUUCUUGUAUAUUACACCCUCUUACAACGUAAAAAUGGG